GAUGUCGACAUGUCGACAGCCAAUACCACUACAAUCUUCUGGCCCAUCGACGUCCACCAAGCAGGAUUCAUCUACGGAUGGACGACUCCAGCAUUAUGUAUCGCAGGCGUUAUACAAUCAGACCAGGAGUCCGAGGCCAUGUCCAAGCUCGACUCGAUUCAAGAUACGACACGCUGGAAACCCUUGAUAGAACGAUGGGGUGGUAGGCCGUUCGUGCUUGGUCGGUGUUCGUUUGCAGAGAGGGUUGUUACACGACAUUCAUCACCCGGAACUCUUCCUCAUCCCAUCCUCGAAAUACGCAGUGAAUUUCCAAAGAGUCUAGUUCUAACGAAUCUGUCACAGCUUCAAUUUAUCUACUAUCAUCGCCACGACGCGACAUCCAUGCGUCUAUACGCCUCGGAGUUCCCAAGAUCGCUCUUUGCACUUCAAGGAAGGUCUUCCAGUACCGACUCCCACAAGGGACAUUACACCAACGUCAAAGAAAAUGCGGACACCACACAGGUGUCUUCCUCUAAGCUGUACACGUAUUUUCUCCUCAAUCAGUGGAACUCGGCCAAGUCACUGCAGCACUCGAUGGACGAUGUCCACUCUCGAAAUCCUCACCGCCAUCCCUCUUCAAAGUAUAGCACCGCAUGGACCAAGCGCCCCAGACGUUUCAUCUCCACCGUCUCCAGUUAUAUUCGAGGCCGUCUCAAUGUUAUAUCGAGUGCUUCACUUCCCUCAUACAGGAAUUUGAGUUUCACAGCUCAACAGCUAGACGUUCGGGCCGGCACGAUAUCCUCUCUCUUUUCCCUCUCGCAAACCCUGCAUGAACAAAGCAGUGCAGUCACACCGUCUUCGUCGUUCCUCUAUAUCAAAUUUUAUAACUCGGUGUGGGUGAUCUUGAACGAUAUUACUGUUGGAAUGGCGUUGGGUACAUUCUUGUGCAAGAACCGCAUGGUCUUGGCUGCUCACCUCACUCAUGUCAUGGAGACAUGGUCCGUUCAGUGGCUACAACGAGUUCUCGUCUGGCUCGACAGCUGGCCAGCAGGUCUUAAACUGAAUACCGAACUCGGUCGGUUCUAUUCACACACGCUCAUAGGACUCAUAGCAGUAUGGAACACCGCUUUUCAACAAACUGCUCCCCUCCUCCCUGGUACCAUCGGCCUUGUGGGGUUGACGAGCUUCCUUGGUGCGACGCUCGCUAUUUCCCUCGCAUCAGACCUCCUGUGUGUGCUCACCGCUCACAUGUACGUGUGCUAUCGCCUAGUGGCAGUCGUGUAUUACCACCAGCUCCAGCUAGUUGGAUCACUAUGGAAGUUAUUUCGUGGAAAACGGUACAAUGCACUUCGUAACAGAACAGAUACAUGGGACUACGACAUCGACCAGCUCUUACUUGGCACCAUCCUUUUCACACUCGUCGCGUACCUAUCACCAACCAUAACACUUUACUAUGCACUCUUCGCUCUUCUCCGUUUAUCCAUCGUAUUUCUCCACGCAAUACUACAAACAUUACUCGCAUUUAUAAGUCACUUCCCUCUCUUUGCAUUAAUGUUAAGGGUUAAAGACCCUUGGCGAGUUCCUGGCGGGAUAUACCUCAGUCCACAGACCAAGUCCAAGUCUAUGCAAAAUGUACUCGUGGUCGAGAACUGCCCUCCGACUCUAUCGGCCAUCUUUUUUCAAUAUGCGGAGUUGUGGACAUGGCUCGCACGACACUACCACCCGAUACAAUUACUUCGGUGUAUUGUCACGGGAGCAUUCUUGACUGUAGUCACAGGGAGCUUUUAGCAACAUGGCGGGGUCUGAGGAAUAGAGACUUGCGUGAUCAUCUGAGCCACUGUCAGAGUAAAGUCUGGAAGAGGGCUUUUGAAAAAGUUGUAAAAGACAAGAGGGCUACGCUGUUGUAAUCGUAGCGACUUGCGAGACGCUUCGGUC